UCUGCAUUCAUCCCAAGCGACUGCCUCCAACACGAGUCUCCUUCUCCAUUACAUUACAGAACGAUGAAAAUGCCGUUCUUAAUUACAGAUUCGUCCUCUGUUUUGUGUCAGUCGUAUAUCGACUCGAUCAUUAAUUAGAAAAAUGGACUUUGUAAUCUAAUGGAUGAAUAUACUCAUCCAUGCUCAAAAUACUGUCUACUUCUGUCACUGGGUGAUAUUUUACUGUCUAGGACCUAUGCAUGUUUGUUUGCUACUUACAUGGGGUUCACAUAAGAUCGUCGUUUGUUUACAUACUGCAUAUUCGUAAUGCAUUUUGGGAAGAGUAUGUCAACAAACAACUAUCCCAAUCCACUCAAGAACAAUUGCAUCCAUGCAUCAAAAACAUAGGAGUUCAUCUGAACUGCUAUCAAAUAGCCCUGUUCUAUCCAUGAAUUCAAUUGAGUCGCAUUCAAUUGCGAAGGCCAUGGAGUAUCCUGCGGCACAAGUGAAAACACAACCUUGUAGUUCGCCGAAAAGAGAUAGACAGCCAUUGGUGAAUGGCGACAAAGUCUCUGAGCAGUCUAUUAAAGUACAAGACAAGAAGAGUACACUCUCCUUCCCUUGUUCGUCUGUCUUAAAUCGUUUGCAAUUACCAACGUUACCACGCCGCGUGCCAUUCAUCAUCAAUGAUCCUCAGUUUCCGCAGAACUCAAUGGCAAGUCUGCAUACCAUUUCUGGCCUGUUUCAGUAUCGCAAGACAGUCAAUCCGGAUUCGGUAGCAUUUAUAACCCUUGAUAACAAAGGACGAGAAGUCGCUUGCUGCACAUGGUCAAGGCUGUAUGACAGAGCUGAGAAACUCGCAAUGUUCUUAUCGAAACAUGCUGGUAUAAAGAGUCAGGAAAUCGUAAUCCUCUACUACCGGCGUUCAGAGUUUGUGGAUUAUAUUUCCUGCUUUUUGGCAUGCAUGCUCGUAGGAAUUAUAGUGGUUCCGGUGAUGCCUUCACUAUCCUUUCAAGACUUUCUGUUUAUUCUCUCGGAAACGCAGUCCAAACAUGUUAUGCUCACUGAAUCGACAUUCAAGAUAUUCAUUCGUGAAACGUCUAUAGGGCAACGAAAGGAUAUCUCAUGGUGGAAAAUUAAUGAAGUUAGUAACUUUAAAGUUCCUCCGGGUGUGCUGUCUUUAAACUCUAAUGAGGAUGACAUCGCAUAUAUCGACUUUAUAAAGCCGACUGUAUCUUCAAAAAAGGCCAUUGUAUUUCGCAAUAAAACAAUUAUGAGCCAGGUGAAGGCACUUACAACGGCACUCAUUACUAAUCCACUUGAUCAUGGUAUAAAAAACUACAAAACGAAACGUGCAACACAGCUCAACGUUAGAGGAGAGGUGCUUCUCACAUAUCUUGAUCCACGCAGAUCUGUUGGAUUGACGUUCACAGUUUGGAAUGCUCUCUUUAGCGGUUACACUAGUGUUAUUUGUGAGCCAGAAGCCAUUUCGACUGCCGGCACAUUUGCUUUCGCCAUAUCAAAAUACCAGGCAACAAUGCUUCUUUGUGAUUAUAAUGGACUCAAAAACGUUGUUUUUAAUUACCAAGAAGAUCCCCGAUCUACUUUAUCAUAUCGUAAAAAGUUUGACGUUAACUUCUCUCUGCUUAAACUAUGUCUAAUUCAUUGCAACAUCGUGGAUCCAGAGUUCAACGCCUUACUGUCUGACAGAUGGCUUCGGCCAUUAGGAUGUUUAUAUUCGCGCGAUAUUGUUGCACCCCUCCUUACAUUAGAUGAAUACGGUGGGAUAUCCAUUUCGAUGAAAGACUGGCUAAUGGUAAAUGACACGUAUUUAACUAAUGGGCCGAUGCACGAGGAUUUCUAUCAAGAGCUCUUAGUCCUAAAACAACCCUUAUGGAAAAAUACGGUUCACACCAUAUCGUUUCUCGAAACUUGUAACUACAAUCCCGAAGAUAUUCUAUGUUUAUCACCAUUUUGGUUGCCUAUUAUCAACUCGUCGGUUGUUGUGGUCAAUCCAAACUCCCACUCGCUUUGCAAAAUAAAUGAAAUCGGUGAAUUAUGGGUUCAAUCCAAAUGCUUGCCCACAGAACUUUUCUUCGAUAACAAGUUUCACAACUGUCUUCCUGAACAUCCAAUCAUCGCAAGUGAUAACGAGUCAGAAUCCUUUAUUUGCGAAUCUUCUUUCUUUCGCACAAACAUUUAUGGUUUCCUCCGUGAAGGCCAUAUCAUAGUUGUGGGUAGGAAAGAAGAUCAGAUUCGACAAAAUAAGCACGAAAUUGAGAACGGGAAGUUAGUGAAGAAACUUCAACUCUUUUACAGUCAGUUCUUAAUCAGAGAUUUGAUGAAACGAAUACCUAACAUCCAUGAAGCAGUCUUGUUCGACAUUAAAAUUGAGGAUGACUACUACCCAGUUUUAAUAAUUGAGACGACUUUAGCAGAGCCUGCGCAGCAUUGUGCCUUGCGAUUUCUCGAAAAAGAUUUCUUACCUAUAUUUGAAGAAUUGGCCCAGAAUUGCUGUGAGUACCUCAACUUUUCCUAUAAACUCUCUCUUUAUGCUGUAUUUAUUUCAAGGACAAAUAAGCUACCUCGGAAUAUGGAAACCGCUGGCAGUCUAAUUAAUCCACAUGAAUGCAGACAUGAGUUUUUGUUAGGAACUUUACCGACAAAGUAUGUCAAGUUCUUCGUUGAUCGUGCUAUCUCAUGUUUGCCCGUUGGAAAAGAUAUUGUCCAUGGAAUUUGGUCAUCCGAAAUGUUUGAUUACUAUAAUCAACAGCAGGAAUCAAAGAUUCUUCAAAAGAAUAUGUUUACGACUAAGGACAUCGAAGCCUCUAAUCAAAUUUCAGAUAGGCUUCUUCUCUAUAACACAAUUUUGGAUCUUUUUCUUCUUCGUGUUUCAAAGACGCCUUUACAAACAAGUUUUGUUAACCUUAGUUCAAAGCUUACUGAGUGUUCAGAGAUUUCAUGGAGAAAAGUCGAUUACAGAAUUGCUUCUAUAAUGGAGUAUAUACAAUUGGUUCUUAAGCCGAAGCCAUCUCAAAUAAUGUUGUUGAUAUAUGAAGAUCCUAUGGAAUUUGUGUUCGCACUUUACAGUUGUUUUUUCCUUGGAAUCACUGUCAUACCUUUUCAAAAGAUUGGAAACUUACAGUUGCAAAAGGAAAUUGGCCUGAUUAUUCGACUCAUUGAUGAAUUCAAAGUGACUGCAAUUUUAAUAGAUGAGAGUGGCUUUUUAGCUUGGAAAUCAAAACCUAUUAUUCAGGCUAUAAAGCAACGCUCUUCUCUUUUUAGAACAAAAAUGCCAAAGACUCUCUGUACAACGGGAAUUCCCCUUUCCAAAAAAUCAACAAAGCAUUUGCGCUUUCGCGGUAUUAGAGAGUUAAUAAAGGAUCGAGCACCUGCCGUUAUAUGGAUUAACAGGGCCAUAGACGGAAUCGUCUCCACGUCCUCUUUCUGCCAUUUUGACUUGAUCCAAUUCUGCAAGGAAUUAAAGGAAGCAUUUCACAUUUCUUCAACUGACAGUCUAAUGGCUGGAUUUGACUUUUCACAUGGCUUGGGAUUAGUUUUAAGUUCUUUAAUGGGCAUUUACUGUGGCUUUACUACUUUUCUUCUAACCGAAGAUGAUUUGUCAACCAGAUUUGGGAUGAUAUCAGAUUCCUUACUGAAGCAUAAAAUCUCGCAUAUGUUUCUCCCAAAGUAUCUCCUUUAUCAGUUUAUUAAAAACAUACCCGAUGAAGACUUCACCUUUAUACACGCACUGAUUGUGCCCUUCUCUGAGAGACUUUAUUCUCAAAGGCUGCUAAAGAUAAAAACUUAUUUGAAUGAUAAAAAGUUGGCGAUAGAUGCAAUUUAUUUCGUCCUUUCGCAUGCACAACAGCCUAUUUUAUCAUACAUAAACCUUGCCCUAUCUAAAAAUGAUGACAUUGUACUUUCACUUGAAGCGCUUAGAGAAGGUUUAGUUAAAGAACAAUCUUCUGACGUUGGCAACAAUUUACUGUUAACAAGUGCUGGUGAAGGAAUGCACUUUACUGACAUAUGUGUUGUACAUCCUGAAAAAAGGGUACUUUUGACUGAAAACAGAAUCGGUGAAAUCUGGUAUCAUGGCCCCCAUGGAGCAGCGUGUAACCUAGACCGCGAUGGCUUUGGUUUUCCUAUCGAAUCGGAAGGAUAUAUGGAAGAACCCGGAAUGUCUCAUAAGUGUUUCUUGCGCACUGGUUUACUGGGAUUUUUAAGUCGGCCACAUAAUCAAGGCUCUAAUAGCGAUUCCCCACUGAAGCUUUAUGUGUUAGGAAAUAUAUGGGAUACACUUGAGAUAAAUGGCCUUAACCAUUUUGUGAUCGAUAUUGAACAGAUGGUCGAAAGAUGUCACUCGAACAUUUCAAAAGAUGGGUGUGUGCUAUUUCAAGCUGGCGAGAACAUAUGUUUGCUCGUUGAGGUUAAACUGGAAAAUUGUCUAGCAACGCUGGCAGCCUUAAUUGUUACAAAGGUACUUUCUGUUCACAAGUUCAUCCUAGACAACAUUGCUUUUGUACAUGAUGGUUCAUUUCCAAGAAAUUAUUUGGGCAUAAAAAAUCGUCAAAAGAUAAUUGAACUUUGGCUCAAAAGAAAAAUGAAACUAUAUUUUGAACUAGACACACAUUUUCAACAACCCUUUCUUAAUGAUUUAGAGGAAGAAGAGACAUAAAAUAAAAAUUUCUUAUUACGAUGCCAUAAUAUGUGGGUGAGCGUAAGAAACCAAGGGUUUAUGUGUUACAAAUUAUCUUCAAUCAUGAAAAUUUUAAUUAUUUGUCAGCUUGUGUUCGAGGCGAUGGAUCAAAUUUGGUCGAUCUCAAGUCUUCCAAUAGCCAAUUUAUUGCUUUCUCUACAUUUUUACCAGUUAAGGCAGACACUGGAAUGACCUUCCAAUGAUGUGAUUUAAUCUUCAUCGCCUUAACUUCCUAAGGGUUUUGUUAGAGCGAUGUAAACAUUAUCUUAAAUAAUAAAACUUACAUCUUCAACUUUUACCACGACCGAUGGUUCCAUGGCAUCCAUUUUGUUUAUUAUUAUAAGUAGAUUCGCACCGAGUAAUUUCUGUUCAACUCAUUAGUCUAAUGUUCACAUAAAAUAAACUCAAUAAAAAACACAACAUACUUCCUCUUCCAAUAGCUUCUGAAGCUCAUUUUUGCAAGUAUGUAAUCGAUCUUCAUCGAGUCCGUCAACGACCCAUAUUAUUGAAUCCGUUGCCUCAAAGUAAUUUCUCCAAAAAUUACGAAUGGUUUUCUGGCCUCCAAUGUCCCCUUACUGCGUUAGGAUCUUUUCUGAUGACAUUUUUUACUUACAAAUAUUGAGUUUAAAUCCAGAUAGCUCUAUUGUUUUAAUUUGAAAUCCAAAUUUGGCAAUAUUUCGUUCUUUACAUCUUCAUUAAGUAGACGUUUUAAAAAAGUUGUUUUUCCAGCAUUAUCAAGACCACUACGAGAAUUUAGUUAUAUCAUCUAGAAAAAUGUGCUUUCAAUGCUUACAGUAAAAGUACUCGUAUCUCUCGUUCUUUUAGCUUCUGUUUUCGUAUGAUUGUCAAUAAACCCAUUUGAGAAGUCUACCAAUCUAUACCGAGGUAGAAUAUGUUCAUGGCAGGAAAGAGUACAUAACUUUUCGUGCCUAUGCAUAUUUGCUUAACAGUCUCUUGACAUUCUUUCACACGAUUCUCUGCAUAUCUUCAUCGUCAUUAAUAUAAAAAAAGCAAGACUACACAUAAAAGAAAGGAAAAGUAAACUACACACUUAUAUGAUCGUAAAAGUCAUAACGCCGUUAAAUUAAACUUAAUUGGCUACUUUACAAAACUGGUUCGUUUGAGGAAUUAGUUCACAACUGCAGUAACACGAGAUGAUUUCUGAACCGUAUCUUCCUUCAGCAAUUCAGGCCAUAAUGAAUUGCAUUUCUCAUACGUCGCAGUUGGGAAAACAAUGUCAAACAUUUGUUCAUACCAUUCCACAGGAUAUCCCUCAAGACCUACCUUGACAUAAGGUGGUAAUUCUUCCCAAUCUGAAAGAUUAUCUUUUGGAAAUAUAAUCUUCUUGACAUUGGACAACUUAGCGGCUACGGCCUUUUCACGAAGUCCACCAAUCCGAAGAAUUCUACCGGUAAGUGUGAGCUCGCCUGUCAUGGCAAUAUCAGGAGCCACUGGCAUAUUAAGAGCUAACGACAAUAACGAUGUCGCCAUUGUGAUACCCGCAGAAGGUCCGUCCUUAGGUACCGCUCCUUCAGGACAAUGAAGAUGAAUUUGGGCUUUUUGGAAAAAUUGAUUGUCAGGGAACCGCUUUGCCACGAGACUUCGAACAUAAGAAUAAGCCAAAAGAGACGAUUCCUUCAUCACAUCUCCCAAUUGGCCCGUUCGUUCUAAUGACGGCUGUGAUGAAGAAGUAAGCUUGUUCUUCACGAUAGACUCCACAUACAGGGUAGCACCUCCCAAGCGUGUCCACGCAAGACCCAUAACAACUCCUGCGGGCGUUAUAUCGUAGAGUCUGUCAGACAAAAAGGUAGCAGGGCCCAAAUAGUCUUUCAAGUCAUUAUCCGUAAUUGUUAAAUUUAUUACCUCCGGAAUUUUGAUAGGCACACGAGGCUUAAAAGAAGUAGCAUGUUCAGAUACUUGCUCUGAUUGUGCUUCCAAGGCUUCACUUCCCUCUUUUGUUACGCCUGCUUCUUCAGGUAAUUUUUCUUCACCCAUCUUCUUCACGAUAUUAAAUGACAUUUUCCGAAAAAUCUUCUCGAUUUGUUUCUUCAAGUUACGAACACCACUUUCAUGACAAUAAUAACGAAUAAGUCCUUUGAUAGCGCCAUCGGUGAUGUUUAUGUUCGUGUCUUUCAGACCACAGGCCUCCUUAGCUUGAGGAAUUAAAUAGCCCUUUGCGAUAUUAAUCUUCUCAUCAAGAACAUAACCUGAAAGUUCGAUCACUUCCAUACGGUCCAACAAAGGAGCUGGGAUGGUGUCCAAGGUAUUUGCUGUACAGACGAAAAGUACAGAAGAUAAAUUAACCGGCACAUCCAUGUAGUGGUCAACGAAGGCAGAAUUCUGCUCGGGAUCUAGAAGUUCAAGAAGAGCACUUGCAGGGUCACCUUGGUGACUUUUACCCACCUUGUCAAUUUCAUCAAUAAGAAUUAGAGGGUUCUCAGUCUGCACCUUCUUCAAUGCCUGAAUAACUUUACCUGGCAUAGCACCGACAUAAGUUCUUCGGUGACCCUUGAUUUCGGCAACAUCCGUAAGACCUCCAACACUGAAACGGUAAAAUUCCCUGUUAAGUGAACGAGCAAUGGAACGACCAAUUGAUGUUUUGCCGACACCAGGGGGGCCUACAAGACAGAUAAUCUUGCCUUGCAUUGUGCCACGUAAUUUUCCGACCGCAACGAGUUCCAAAAUCCUGUCCUUCACAUCCUUCAGGCCAAAGUGGUCCUCAUCCAAUAUAGUGCGCGCCCUUUCCAAGUUGAAGUUUUCCGUAGUUUUUCGUCCCCAAGGAAGUUCAGUGAGCCAGUCCAAGUAGUUUCGUGUAACAUUGAACUCAGAGGCAACAGGCUCCAAAUGCUGGAACUUACUAAGCUCUUCAUUAAAAACCUUCUCUACUUCAGGGGGCAUUCGCAAAUCUUUUGUGCGUUCCCGAAACUUUGUAACCAGAGCCUCUUUUCCAUCAGUUUCCAAGCCGAGUUCCCGCUUGAUUCCCUUCAAUUGUUCCAUAAGAUAAAACUCCUUUUGUCGUUGAUUGAUUUUUUGGUCAACGUCUUUGCUAAUCUUACUCUGAAGCUGUGCGUUAAAGAGUUCUUUCUUUAACACAAAAAGAGCUUUUUGCAGGCGAUCAGCGACGUUACUAGCUUCCAAAACUUGCUGCAGCUCGUCAAGCUCACCGGAGGAUACAGCAGCGGCAAAGUCCGCAAGCUUUUCUGGCUCAUCAAAUACGUUACCAGUAGAUUGAGAUAUAGAGAAGUUGGCGAUUUGAUCACGGAAAAGUGGGUUCAAGUUCGCAAUGUCCUUAAACACAUUAACAAUUUCAGAAGUCACAGCCUUGAUAACAGGAUCUUGACGAUCGUAAGGUUCUUUUGGAAUAUUCUGAACCUUAACCAACGAGACAUUGAAAUUCUUUAGGAUUGCUGAAGCGUUCUGCAGCGGUAAAUAAUCGUUUUUUGGAACAGACGAAGACGUUGAAGGCGGAGUGCCACCCGGUGUGUUUUCAUCUGGCACAAGCAAUGACUGUUCAUCCUUAUUUGGAAGAAGUGCCGUCGAAUCUUCAGCAGAUUGAUGCGGCUGUUCGGGUUCCUCUUCCUCUUUCGUUUCUUCUUGCUGUUCGUUCUCUAUAUCUUUGACAUUAGCCUUUACGGCUUCCUGGGUUGACUUUGGCGGGAUAAGUUCAGUAAUUCGGAUGCGUCUAUGUGGAUACAAGACCGCAGUUAACGCAUUUUCACCGGCGUUUUUCGCUGGAAAGAUGCUAGUGAUUUGGGCGAAUACACCGACAGGAUAAACUUGUUUUAUGUCUGUAAUGACAUCGGUGUCUUUAUCUUCAUCUCGAAGCAAAAACGCACCGAUGUACGGUUGCCGCUUCUUGACAAGUUCUUUUAUAGCUGCUGAAACAACGGGAUUUUUGGUAACGACAGCUUUAUAGAAACCUGGAAACAAUGGUCUCCGCAUAAUUGGUAACACCAUCAAUUGAGGAUAGACUUCCGGAAUUGAGCCAGCAGAAGCUUCUCCAUCCUCCUCCCCAUCCUGUGGGGUCGUAUCGUUUUGAGACGAGGCUGUCUCUUCUGUUUUCCGAAUUGGUUGUUCGUUAGAUUUAUCAUUCUCUUCACUAUUUACGUGUUUCUCAUGAUCAUCUUUUUCGGGGAAGCCCUCUGGCUGCUUCUUGUCCCUUUCUCCUCUAAUUAAGCUUGCAGAAAAGGGUUUGCGGUAAUUAAGUCGCGAUGACUGACUUAGAAAACGACGGUUACAACUAGUAGUACUUCCUGUAUGAGUAGAUUUAGCAAAUAACAAAACUCUCCAUCCUGUAUUACAGAAACGAGAAAG